AUGACAAAGGCACCUAUUCAAAAAGAUUGGGAGGAGAGAGAAUUCAUUGAGAGUGUAACAUUAAAUAUACAAAAGAUUAUCGAUUUCUUAAAUAAGUUUGAACUAUCAACUAGAAAUAAAUUAGCAACUGUAAAUGAAAAGAUUUUAACAUUAGAGAGACAGGUAGAUUAUUUAGAAGCAUCUUUCAAGACUGUCUCCGAAUAG